GAGUGUCCGAAAACGCCUCGUGAUCAGGCCAAUCCCGCGUACACCUGUUGACAACAGAAACUCAGUCGCCAGUUUUUAUGUAUCAAAUUGUAUUGUUACUUAAAAAUAGAGUGCGUCUAAUGUCGGCGAAUAAACGACGACAGACUCUCGAUAUGUAAAACAAAACUUCAAAACUAAGUAAACGUUAGCUGUAGCAUACAUUUUUGACUUUUUUGCACUUGUUUCCACAAUGGAGCGAAUGACGUUUGUGAGCCACCAUCAUGUCAGCAAGCUCUUCCACAACAAGUUCAUUGUGGUGCUGGGAGACUCCAUUCAGCGGUCUGUCUACAAAGACCUUGUCCUGCUAUUACAGGAGGAGAAAUACCUCAAAGUGGCACAACUCAAGAGGAAAGGUGAGAUGAGCUUUGAACAGGACUGCCUGGUAGAAGGUGGAUGCCUGGGCCUAUUGCACAAUGGCACAGGGUAUCGGGAGGUCCGGCAGUACCAGUCCGCACACCACCUGGUUCGGUUCUACUUUGUGACGCGCAUCUUCUCAGACUACAUGAAGAGCAUCUUGAAAGACUUCCGCCAUGGUUUGAAACCAGAUUUGGUCAUCGUCAACUCCUGUGUUUGGGACAUUUCAAGGUAUGGUUUAAAAUGGGGUGAGAACUACAAGGAGAACCUCAAUAGGUUCUUUGAAGAGCUGAACGGGAUCCUCCCAAAGGAAAGCUUGGUCAUAUGGAACCUCACCAUGCCCCUUGCAGAGACUAUCAAAGGUGGCUUCUUGGUUCCUGAGAUCUCUGACAGGGCUGCCCAUUUACGUCACGAUGUAAUCGAAGCCAACUUCUACAGUGGCGCCGUAGCCAACGCCUACAAGGUGGACGUGCUGGACCUCCACUUCAACUUUCGCUUCUCCCUGCAUCAUCGCACUAAAGAUGGUGUCCACUGGAAUGCCCUGGCCCACCGCCGGAUAACCACCCUGUUGACGCUGCACGUGGCAAACGCCUGGGGUGUGAAACUGCCGCUCGAUUCCAAUGCAAGAAUUCCUGCUGCUUAUCAGGUGCCAGCCCAGCAAAUCGUUCAGAGACAUGAAGUGCGCCACCCAAGAAACAACUUUUAUCCUAACCCUGCUCCCGUCGGUGGCUUCAUGAACACUGUGGCUAACCCACAGCCACACUGGUACGAAGAUGAAGCAUUCCACGAAUCUCACUUUAAUUACAACCCACUUCCAUAUGGAUAUUCUCGUCAUCCUGAGCCUUCAAAUACAUAUUGUGCAGCUUGCUAUGACUGGACCCGCCCCCACGUGAUGAGGAAUAGAUACAUCAGGCACCACUACACGCCGUACACUUACCACAGGCCUGGGCAGCAAUUCUCUAAUGAUUACUUUUAACUGAUUUGCACUCCGUUACUGACAUCACACUUGAGUUGUUACAUUUGAAUUUCAUUCCUUUUAUACAUUCAGCAGUUUUCACUUAAGAUGUUUUCAAGUUUUUGCAUUGCCUACGUUGUUUUUAAAUGCGGUUGUCAGGUUUAAAUGAUUAUUGCAUGUUAAAUGUGUUAGUUACUUUUGAUAUAUUAAAUCUUAAGCCCCGGAUUUUCCAUCCAUCCA